UAACGAUAACCAACAAAAAUUAAGUAGUUAAAUAUCAGCAGAAAAAACUAUUUGCACUGCGACCGCAAAAACCUCAAGUCAAGUGAUGGCGGGGCACGCAGAGCUCAAGGAGCUGAGUGUGUUCGAGCUUCGUCCACUUAUUACAAAUCUCAGCUGCAAACUGUCGGCCGUCACUGCAGGUUUUGAUGAAAAGCAACUGCUGGCGAUUGUCAGCGAGGAAAAUGAGAUUGUGCUGCGUUAUAUCAGCGCGGCUGGGCAGGAGGUGGUCAAGAUGAUAUCCUGGUUUCGACACCGUGUCAUCCACGACGUGUGCUUCGAUCCUGCGGGCAUUUGGCUGCUGGUGCUAUGUUUUGACAAUACGCUGCACAUUGUGCCCGCCCUGGCGCUGGUGGACAAGACGAAUGUGCUGGCCGCCUGUUCACUGUACAGCACCACACAGGUGACAUCCUAUAUAAUACCAUUUGUUGGCCCCCACGAGUGUCCCAACUCCAAGAAGUGCCCCAAUCAUUCAACGGCAUCGAAUGAGCAACACAACCAAGAGGAGGAGCAAUUGGCCGAGAAGUUGGCCAAUGUUCUACAGCUGCAGGACGAAAACGCAGAUGCCGAGCCCUUGGGUCACGAACUGCCCGAUCAUAUGAUGGUCAAAAAUAUCGAACAGGAUCCGGCCGAAGUGCAGCAACAACAGCCGCAGCCCGUCCAGCCACAGUUUGAUGCCACUGGCAAUAGCCAGGUGAUGGCAGCUUCCUUCAUGGCGUCCAAGACCUGCCCGUAUCCCCUUUCGGUGGUGUGGUGGAAGACCAACCAUGGCCUGAACAGGGCCAUUAUUGGCUACUCGGAUGGCUCCAUCUGCUUUGUUGGCCUGAGUCCCAACUGUCCCAUGAUUGCCAGCACCGCAAUCGAAAAUGGAUCUGUGAUGCGUCUAGUUAUCUGCAAGGACAAAACCUACGAUGGAGUAAUGUUGCUGAUCACCUCCUCCCUGAAGGAGCAGUACAAACUGCUGCUGGAGCAAAAGGCUAUCAUGUACGUUUAUCCAGGGGAUAGCUCACCGACAACACGUGAGGGCGCCUGGCAGAUUGUCAUGUCUGUGCAGGGGAAACAUCAUAGUCAUAGUGCUGGUAUGGCGGCGGGUCCUCGACAAAGCAACAGCUCCGAUCCGGCCUCGGACAGCAGCCAGCUGGAAGAGGAUGUAUUUGCGCCGCCAUCUAGCGCCGAGGAUGUUCCGCCCAGCUUUCAGGCACCAACAGUGCCCACAGAUGUACCGUCUACCGUCCCGGUGCCAGGUGAUUCUAGAGCUGCGGAAAUGCAGCCACCGCCAGCCCCACCAUCCUACAGCGAAGCUCUGGCCCGCCAGUCCAGCGAGAACAUGGGCGUACGCUUUCAUCAGCAACAGCUGCCCACAGCUGGCAACAGCAUCGAUGGUAUACUGCCAGCGACAAGAGCCCGUCUCGCCUCGCUCAAGAGUCUCGGAUCGAAGAAGCUGCACGCCAUCAAAAUGAGGCUCUCCGAUCAGCGGCAAAAGUUCGAUGAAUUAAUGCCAGACUCAAAUCUGGGCUCGUUUGCCAUUAUGGACUCACCCUCGGUGACCCCAGAGCCGCUGGGCAACACCACAGGAUCGUUCUACACCAUCCAGAAUCUGCGGAGCACUUUUCUGUUGAGUGCGCUGCACAGCAAUAGUCACAGCCUCACGGUGCACAGCAUUGACAUUAGCCUGAAGCCGCUGUUUGUCUACAAGAUACCCAAGCACACCCAGGAAAUACUCAUCAGUUCGAACAUACUCUAUGGCAUCAACUAUGUGGAUCUGCACAGUCGCAGCGAUUCGGCCAUAUCGACGGCAGCCUCGUCCCUGGAGGAGCCGCUGGUUGCCAAUACGGACAAGGAGAAUCGCGAUGCGGACACCGAGAAGCUGGAGCAGCAGGGCGAGAGGGAGACUAGUGCACACAAGAGCGAUACAACAAGUGCAACAACUACUGCCACAUCCAGCAUAGACCAGAGCGAGAUGCCCAGCAAUGCCAUCAAUGCGGUCAGUGUGAUCAGCAGCGCCAUGGCCUCAAUGCAUACCUCAGACGAAGAUCGCUUCAACACGCUGGCACAGAUUGGACUCUUUCGCUUUGAGCAUGAAACUGUGCUGCACUUGUAUCAGAUGGCGCAAUAUCGCCAACCCGCCGGCCAGCCAGAGGCCCUAACCAAAGAGGAGAAGGCCAAGGCAUUCGAAAUCAAGGAUAUUCACACGCCCAUGGACUAUAUACACUUUUACGAUACGGCCGAUCUGAGCAGCGAGUUUUCGCUGCGACAAAUGGAGAUAAUGCAGUCAGAAUUCCCCAAAAUCAACUACGAUCCCAGCUAUGUGAUUACCAACAAGAAUGUCUACACCAUACAGCUAAGGAAGGAGCCUUUCGAGUUGUUCUUGGAUGCCGCUCUGCAGAGCGAAUGGAAUCAAUGCCGCGACUUUUGCAACACCUUUGACCUAUCGUUCGAGCUGUGCAUCGAGUUUGCCGGCGACUAUUUGUUGCGCCGCAAAAAGAUUACACAGGCGCUGCUCACCUACAAUGUGGCUCGGGUGAAACCCAUACGCACAGCCCUCAAGCUGGCCAUGUACGGCCACACGUAUGCCCUGAUGCAGCUGAGUGCCAUGGCCCUGAAGUCCACAUAUCUGUUGAGGUCACGGCACGUGGGACAUGCACUGCUGAAGGGCAUGCUGGGGGACAUCACCUACCGCCACUCGGAAGAUGUGCGUAUGGUUUUGCCACAGAAGCGAGAACAGGGCGUGGUCAACAGUGGGGCCUCCUGCAGCGACUACUGCUAUGGCGUGGAUGAGUCCAUCAGUGCGCUGCAAAUGUCACCCUCAUCGCAGUUUCAUUUGGCCAAUCUGCUGCUCAUAACGCUGGCCGAGAAGGCAGUCAAUGAUAAGAACUAUAUGCCCCUGUGGAACUUUCUGGUGACCAAUAGCAAAUAUCACACAAACAUGACGAGCAUUGUGCUCUGCCAGAGCGGACUCUUCUCAUCGGCCAUCAUAUUGGCCAAGACGCGUGGCGUCUGCCUGGAUACGUUCAAUGCGCUGAUCAGCGUGGUGGCCCAGGAGUUUGGCUGGUACAACGAGCUCAAUGUCUGCCUGUACAACCUAAGCGAGAGCAUAUUCAUGGAGACAAUCACCUACUUGCCGCAUGUGUCCAUGGACUACUUUGCCUUCAUCCAAGAGAAGCUCGAUCAUGUACGGCCCUGUGUGCUGCAGCGUCUCUCAAGGCAACUGAAUCCAUUCUCGCCAGCGCUGCGACCGAUCGUCUCGCACAACAGCGGCUGCGGCGCCAACUCCAACGAUAACAACAGUCCCCAUCUAUUUGAGUUUUGCAAGAGCCUAAUUGAGACCUAUCUGGCCGUGCUCAUACACAUGGAGUCGCAGCGGGUCAAGCACGAUUCGCUGGUGAAUGCUCUAUCCAAUUUCCGCAUUAACUAUGAAGACAAUCAGUUUGCCAUUGAAUCCUCACGCUUUAAACCGAUCUCAGCUGGUUGUGCAUACUGUGCCUGUGUUGUGGAUGGCAUUGCCUACUUCUGGGGCUCCAGUGGCAUACCCAGCUACUUUAGUGCUCAAAAGUCCACAGAGCCUCCCGAGCCAGCGCAUGCCGUCAAAACAUUGGAACUACUCUCCCAGCUCAAUUUGCAGGUGCAUGCCAUCAAAUGUGGACGCCAGCACACGCUUAUUUUAACCAACAAUGGGCUGUACUCUGUGGGCAACAACAGUCUCUGCCAGCUGGGCAUUGGCCGUCACAUGCAGAUGGCUCUGCAGCCGAUGCUGGUGACAGCCUUGGAUGGCAUGAAUAUAACAAUGCUCGAGGCGGGCCAAUAUCAUAAUGCAGCAGUGGCCGAUGGCAAGCUCUAUAUGUGGGGAUGGGGCGUCUAUGGGCAGCUGGGGCAGGGCAGCUGCGAGAAUAUUGCCACACCACAACUAGUCAGCUUCUUCAAGUAUAAGAAAAUCUUACAAAUAUCCCUGGGCCAUGCGCACAGUCUUGUGAUGUGCCAGGCGAGCAAUAGCUACAUGGAGGCUAACAAUUACAGCACCGAGCUCUUUGUCUUCGGCUCGAAUCACUUUGGCCAGCUGGGCACUGGCAAUAGCGAGCUGGGGUGCGAAACAAAGGUGAACCUGCCCGUGCGCCUGGAGACGGGUGGCAGCAGCCUAAGACUGAUACACACCAAAUUUUUUACCAACUUAGCUGUAGACGAUCAGGAGCGGCUGUACACUUGGGGCAGCUCGCCGCAGGCCUUGCGCCUGGCCAACCAAAUCAAACGACGCGCCAAUGCCAAGCAAAAGCUGGAGGAGAACCAUCAGCGCGAGCUGUUGAGCAGGCAACUGGAGGCUACACUGCUGCCAAGACCCAGCAGCAGCAACACCAGCAGUACAUUGGUGGAGCCAACCACAUCGUACGCGGCCGUGGUGGCCGGUGCCACACCAAAGGUGACAGCCAACGAGACCAAAAAUUCUCAAGUGGAUAAUGAGGCGGCGCCAUCAGACGGUAGCGAAAGUCUUGGCUCAAAGUGUGAGGCGGAAAAGGAAAAACCGACCGCACCGCCAGUGGCAUCGGCACUGGCACCUGCCACCGAACCUGAUCCCACCGAGCAUAUGACGCCGCAUCUGGUGGAUACCAGUGAGGUGGCAGGACAAACUCUACAGAUCUCCAGUGGACUGUUUCAUUUUGCUUUGAUCUCGUCCACGUGCACGCUCUAUACGUGGGGCAAAAACCUUGAACAUCAGCUGGGCACUGAGGACAAGGAUCGGCGGGCUGUACUAAAGCCCUCGCCCAUCGAUAGCAUUGAGCGGCCCAUGUAUGUGGAUUGCGGUGCCGACUUCACUCUGGUCAUGACCACCGAUCACAUUGUGCGCGCCUUUGGCGGCAACUCCAAUGGCCAGUGUGGCAGGGAUCAGGGAGCCAGCCUGGAGCGAAUGCGACAGCGUGUUGUGUGCCUGCCAACGACAAAGCGAUUGAUGCGCUUCGAGAGCCAGUGCGUGGAGGCUCCCGUGGAGAUCAAUUUGCCAAGGCCACGCAUUCGUCUGGACCAGGAUCCAGUUAGGUACUUGAAGGUCAUGCCGCCAUAUCAGCCACACUUCUUGCAGCCAGCGAACAUAAGCUUCGAUCAGCGCUACUCCGUAGGCACACCCAUCUACAAGAGCAGUACGGAGCAGGCGGCCACUGGCCAGGAUUCGGAUGAUCUGCUUAGCAGCCUGGAGAAUCUGAGCCAGAACGAUGCCAGCUUCUCGUACGCCGCACCGCCGCUGAUGCAAACCGAUGCAAACAGCUCACUGGACAUGGACUAUUCGCCCGAAGAGCAGAGCUAUGCUCCGCUGGCGGAACAAAUGCCGGGGGGAAUGCAAACCAAUGCAGCGGCGCUUUUGGGGUGCGAUGACGAUGUCAGCACCUUCACGGCGAGUUCGGUGGGCACGCUGGGCGGUACGGCCCUGCAGCAGCUUCGGCAUUAUAUACACUACUGCCUGUAUGCCUUCCACGGGCUGUAUAAUCCCGACAAGAUCGGGGAGUGCGCCCGUCCGCAUCGGAACGAGUAUCGCAUUAGGAUCUGCAUGCUCAACUUUAGGUUUGUGGAGGCCUUCCGGCUGUGCAUGCAGAGCUGCGACAGUGCCCAGCGCACCCUCAAGCUGUUUGAGUACUUCAGCAAGGACACGGGCUACGUGCCGCUGCGGCGAUCCGAUCUCAAGCAUCUCAUCUAUCACAUGUGCUUGCAUUUCCUGGAGCACAAGUUCGAUAUGCUCGAGUGCGAGCGUUACUUUAUGGCCGAUCUCGACUACUAUCUGCUGGAGCUGGCCUACGUGUUCUACUUUAACAACAACAACUCGGCCCUGGAGCAGAAUCUCAAUCAGAAGUUCAAGCUGCUGAUUGCGGCUGCGGCAGACAACAACCCGGCAGUGCCCUCCGCCGGGCAGCAGCAGCUGCUGCAGGAUACGGAUGUCAUAUUCGAUAGCUUUACGGUGAAGUUCAAGACGAUUCUGUGCCAGCGCCUGCUCAGCUACUCGGACUGUGAGGCGUCGGCUGGCAAUUAGCAUUGGCCCACUGCUCCUGCUGCUGCUCUGACAGCUGCUGGGUUUGGCACAUGUCUCGUCGUGUUUUAGGUUUUUUGUUUGUUGUGCAACUUCAUACCCAAACUUAAUACACCCCCCUUAUGCCUAUACUCCCCCCCAUCUACCCCAUAAAUGUUUACGCGUAAUUAUUAUACCACAUAAUUGUUGUUUGCGGUUAUUUAUAUACAGAAUCAUCAUCAAAAAUCAAAUGCUUUUUACAGGCAACUGUUAUUUAAAAAAAAAAAAAAAAAAAAAACCAAACAAAAACAUAAUUAAGACAAACAAAUUGUUUAAAGAAUCGAAUUUUUUGUAAUGCUUUGUUUGCAAUUGGCUUCGCCCCCCCGUUUUUAUUUCUGUUUAAUCAAUAAAUUAUUUAAAAAAAAAAAACAAAACAAAAGGACGCAAAGAAAUUCUCGGCCACAUACAUGAUAAUGAUAAUCCUCCCAAAGAGCUCACAGAUCGUGGAGGAGGCUGCAGGCUGGCUGCAGGAUACAAACCCUUACCUUUUUGUUAUGUUUUAUUCGAUAUUCAGCUUGUGAUUUGCAAUUAUUUAAUAAAACAAAAAAGUAGAAUUAAAAUAAUUAUAUACACCCA